UACUUCACAUUUACCCUUUUCUUACCAACGUUUUCCACACUCUAUCUUCUCUAACAAUCCUUUCACUUUUUCAGUUUCUAUCCUUCAUUUCCACAAAAAAAAAAAAAAAAAAAAAAUCCCCAAAUCACAGUUCAAAAAUUCUACCCUAGAAGCAAUGUGUUUCGAAAUUUCCAAUUCAACGAUGUUGAGGCGAACACUGAAGCUGAAAAAUUAGGGUUUUGGAAUGAGAGCUCAUGGCAUUUGCUAAUGCUGCAGUGAUCGGUCCUUCUCUGUAUGGCGUUGGUUGCAUCGCGAAGAUUCCGUUGUUGAGUUCGCAUGGCGAAGUAGUUGGUUCUGGAUUUUGUGGUUCUUCAUUUUGCGUUGGGUCCCACUCUGGGAAAAGUGAUGUUGUUCUUGAAAGGAGAAAAUUGAAGUCUGUUGAUAAAAAUAAUCACGUUUUCGAAAAUUCACACAUGAAAUCUGCAGUUGAAAUCCCAGUUUCUUGCUAUCAGCUCAUUGGUGUUCCCGAUCGAGCUGAGAAAGAUGAAAUUGUUAAGGCAGUUAUGAGUUUAAAAAAUGCAGAUAUUGAAGAAGGUUAUACAAUGGGCGUUGUUGCAUCUCGCCAGGAUCUUCUGAUGGAUGUUAGGGAUAAGCUCCUUUUUGAGCCAGUAUAUGCUGGUAAUUUGAAGGAAAAGAUUCCCCCUAAAUCUUCCCUUCGUAUUCCUUGGUCUUGGUUGCCCGGUGCUCUGUGCCUUCUUCAAGAGGUUGGAGAAUCAAAGCUUGUGCUGGACAUUGGAAGAACGAGUCUUCAGCAUCAAGAUGCGAAGCCAUUUACAGAUGAUUUAAUUCUUUCUAUGGCACUAUCUGAGUGUACAGUUGCGAAGAUUGGCUUUGAGAAGAACAAGGUAUCUCAAGGUUUUGAAGCUCUUGCUCGUGCUCAGUGUCUUCUUAGAAGUAAGCCAUCUCUUGCAAAAAUGACACUGCUAUCUCAGAUCGAAGAAUCUCUUGAAGAGCUUGCCCCCGCUUGCACCUUGGAGCUACUAAGCAUGCCAAAUACCCCUGAAAAUGUUGAACGAAGACGGGGAGCAAUUGCGGCUUUGCGUGAAUUGCUUAGACAGGGUCUUGAUGUUGAAGCUUCAUGCCAAGUACAGGAUUGGCCUUCUUUUCUAAGCCAAGCUUUUGACAAUUUACUGGCUAAUGAGAUGGUUGAUCUUCUUCCUUGGGAUAGCUUAGCUGUGAUGCGAAAGAAUAAGAAGACAAUUGAGUCACAGAAUCUAAGGGUAGUAAUUGAUUCAAACUGUUUCUAUAGAGUUUUUACAGCUCAUAUGGCACUUGGGUUUUCCAGCAAGCAAAAAGAGUUGAUUAACAAAGCAAAAAGUAUAUGUGAAUGUUUGAUAGCUUCAGAGGGUAUUGAUCUGAAAUUUGAAGAAGCUUUUUGCUUGUUCCUUCUUGGACUGGGCACAGAGGACGAGGCAGUUGAAAAGCUGAAGCAGCUUGAGUUAAACUCAAAUCCAAAACAUAAAUCAGUCUUGGGGAAGGCAAUAAUGGAUGCUUCAGCUGCAAACCCAUCAUUGGAAUUGUGGCUGAAGGAUUCUGUGCUUGAUUUAUACCCAGAUACUAAAGGUUGUUCUCCAGCUUUGGCCAAUUUCUUUAAUGCUCAAAAGAAAUUUUCUGGAAGUAAGAAUUCCAAAGGAUCUCCACAAAUGUUUCCUACUAUAUGUCAUAGACCUCUAUCAUCAUCUGGUUCAGUAGAACGAAAAAAUUUCGAGGAACCUCGCUCAUAUAUGAGCUCUUCUCCAAAUUUGGGGUUUGCUGUCAAGCAGCUGGCUCCUACUGAUUUGCAGAGUUCAUUGCUAUCUGGCAAAAAUGAAAACAGACUCAAUCCUAGCAAGCCACCUGUUAAAGUGAAAAGGAACCUUGGCAGUCAUCACAAUGGAAUUUGGAAUAAUAACUUCACUCUUGCUCAAGUAUUUGAAAGAAUAACAUACAUUACCGUACUGGGUUGUAUUGCAUUUGCUUCUAUGAAGUUGUUGGGAAUGAACCCGGGCAAGAAUUUUACUCGUACUAACUGGGCUUUCACAAAAUCCAACAAUUGCGCUAACUACACUAUAGGCCCGGCAUAUAUUAGGCGAAGUUCUAUCGCCAACAAAUUGAAGAGAAUUAUGUCGAUGGUUAAGAUACAUUUUUUGCGCCGCCCAGAUGCUGGUAGCCGAAGUGAUUUACACAUUUCUCUGUCCUCAUCAUCCUCCCCUAUUAAUGUGUAUAGGAAGAUGAUGUCUGUGGAGGAAGCAGAAACCCUUAUUAGGGAAUGGCAAACAAUCAAAGCUGAAGCUUUGGGGCCUAGCCAUGAAAUUAAUGGCCUAGCUCAAGUCCUUGACGAAUCUAUGCUUGCUCAGUGGCAAGCCUUGGCUGAUGCUGCAAAACAAAAAUCUUGUCACUGGAGAUUUCUUUUGCUAAAAUUAUCUGUCCUUAGAGCCGACAUUCUAUCAGAUGGAAAUGGAUCAGACAUAGCAGAAAUAGAAGCCCUUUUAGAGGAAGCAGCUGAACUUAUUGACAGUUCUCAGCAAAAGAAUCCAAACUACUAUAGCACUUACAAAGUUAAGUAUGUUGUGAAGAGGCAAGAUGAUGGAUCAUGGAAGUUCUGUGAUGCUGAUAUACGAACACGAUGAUAUAUACACGCCCGGCGUAGGACAACUGAAGUUGAGGCUAACUUGGUUCCUUUCCUAAAUUUAAUUUGAAGGAAUCUGAAAAUUCAUUGACAAUCUACAUAUAGGCAGAUGAUGACACUCUUCUUAUUGAUUAUUUCCUGUAAAGAAAUGAUUGAUUGACAUAAUUGUAGAUGUUCAUCAGAAAAUUAUGUGACAAGCAUUUUUUUCAUUAGACUAGUGUGAAAAGUGAACAUAAGUAAUGUGAAAAGGAAAACUCGUGUGGGAUCUCAACAUUUGAUAAAUAGUAUUUUAGUCGCCAAAAUCUCUCCA